ACUUAGGUUAGCGCUUGUUACACGGUUUAGUUAAUUUGCUGCAGUGCUUAGACGUUUAAAUAAAUUAAUUUGUUAAGAAAAUAACUGGUCGAAUUGUAUAAAUGUACUUUUGUUCGUUUCGGAUGUCAAGACGUAGCCGCAUUGCUAGUAUCGCCACAGUUUGCCGAUUUGUUAGCAUAAUCGUGAUUUAGCAAAAAGUAAACGUUUAUUUAUAGUUAUUUAUUCAUGUUAAUCUAUUUUCCCCAGCAGGUUUAUUAACACAUGUCAACUUACCUUGAGCAACAUGACAGAUACUGAAGUUCAGGUUGAAGUCCUGCUCGAAAACUCACCAUCAGGACCGUCUCAGUCUGAGAACCUGCAGCAGGAGAAUGUGAGCGGGCGGAGGCCAGACUACACGGAAAACCCUCAAAACUCCAGCCGGCGAGAGGCGGAUGAGCCGCUUUUGUUUUUGGCUGACGUUGCUCUUGCGCCACCUUGUGGUGAGCAUGUGCCCUGCAGGUGCCUGGAGGUGAGGCGGAUGGAGAUAAGCCUCCAGUCCAUACAGCGGCAGCUCCAGUUCCUCACGAGCAAAGCUGAUGACCUGCAGGACUGCCUUGUCAACGGCACACAUGGCUGUGUAGAGAAAGAGUCUCUUGCUGCUGCAGUGCUGAGCUUCCUGUACAUCUGCCAGCCAUACUUCAACCACCUGGAAUCCACAGCUAGGGGCAUUGUGGCCCAACACCUGUCUGCCUACAGACAUUCACACAAUGGUAAAGGGCUGUUGGACUUCUCUCAGCAGUUGUGUGAAAGGUUGGAGCAGCUGCUGUUGACCUGUUCCAGCUACAGUCUCUGUUUGGACGAGGCUGAGCCGACCAGUGUGUCUCACUUCUGCAUUGGACAGAUUCACCUCGGCCAGCUGAGGCUGACCAUUUUCCGCUACUGUAAGCCGAUGCCGUACCUGGCCCGGGUUGACACUGGACUGUAUAAACGUAUGCGCUGGAACGUGGAGAGACUCGGCCGUGGGCAGCCGCAGGAUGAUAAGGAGCAGACGGGGCAGCGCGAGGGCAGAGAGGCGGAAACGGGCCAUGACACAGACUAUUACUUCCUGUGCUACGAGGAUAUUUCCAAUCCGCACGCAGAGGCCGACCGGGAUAACUCAGGAGUCUCUUCUCACAGUAAGGUGGUGAGGAUGUGGUCCAUCGGUCAGUGGGUGCAGGUGAACCCUGACCCAGACACCGAGAAUAUAAGCGACUGGAUCAUAUGCGAGGUCCCUCAAGCCACGUAUCACAGGCUUUUGUUUCUGGGUAGAGAGGAGCCGUCCAGCUGCAGUGCUACAGACUGUCUGCAGCAGCUGCUGCUGUCCCAUCUCACUGUAGACUGAUGCAGGACACGUGUGUCCGUGUGGAACGGAACCAGCCCACUUUUAAUUUCUAAAGUUAUGCCAGCGUGUGCCUUUUGAUUUGUUGAUUUAAAGUGUCAUGUUUGGGUUUUCAUAGUUUCAUUGUAGUUUGUAGGAUGGAUACUUUGGUAUGUCUUCAAAAACAUAUUUUUUGUUUCUUUAUUCUGUUCAACAUGCAGAUUUUAUAGUGUUUUAAAGCAUUUCAUAAGUGUUAAUAUUUUUUUUUAUAUAUACACAUUUAUUUAUUUAAUUAUUUUUAUACCUUUAUUGGAUAGAGCAGUGGCAAAGAGUUCAGGACUAUAGCCUCAGUUUGAGCUUCUGAUUACAGUUCACUGGCUUGUUGUGUUGUAAAGAAGUCAAGAUGUGUUAUUAAAAAAAAGAUUUUUAUUUA